AUUUUGGGAAAUUUAGAAGUUGUAUGAGCACGCUCUAAAUAAUCAUACCUCGAGAACGCAUAAAACACAUCCUUAACAAUGGCCAACCAAAUUGAUUAGUUUUUGUAGUUUUAAUUGAAAAUUAUUGAAUAUUAAACUGACCAAUUGUUGUUUUUAUGGGUGAUCUUUGGCUCUAUUUGAUUCGGAUGAUUUAACUUUUGUAAACAAGAAAAUAUAUUUUUAAACAAAGACAAUGAGCGGAAUGUUGGAAAAAAACAAUUACCCAAAAGCGUCAAAAUAUUUGGUUAAUGGGGCGUUUCUCACAUAUAUAGCUGGGAUGUUCCUUAUGAUUGCUUUUUGCAGUCCUUACUGGGUUAAAUCAUUCGACGAAACAUUCUCAAAUUUCAAAAACAUGGGACUUUGGGAAUAUUGCUUUGAAGAUUUCCGAUACCCAUAUUAUCAAUUUGAUCAUCUUUUCAAUGGUUGCCAUCACGUAUUUAGCCAGGAAUAUUACAUAAUAAGACAGUGGUUGCUGCCACCUUGGUUAAUGACAGUACAAGCAUUUGUUACAAUGUCAUUUCUACUAAGUUUUGGAUCACAAAUUUUGAUGGCUAUGCAGCUGUGUAGGUGGCCACUGGAAUUUAUUCUUCGUUAUGAAUGGAUCUUGUCUGGAAUUGAUUUCAUCUGUGUAUCAACUACAACUGUUUUUAUGUUUUUUGCCAUUGCUAUAUUUGGAGGAUCCCAUGUUCGCCGUGAUUGGUUAAUGUAUCCUAAUUUUAAUUACCUGUGUUGGUCCUACGGUUUGGCGUGCUUAUCGUUCUUCUUCCAUGGCUUCGCAGCUGCAUUUCUGUAUAAAGAAGCUCGACUUAGUUAUGAGAGAAGGAGGGAGUCGAAAAAUCUUAUUAUGCAGAUGCAUCCAAACCCACAGCAUCGCUUAGGAUGGAAUGUCCCACCUUCUUACUAAUUUAUCUAGAAUAAGGUUCAAGAUUAAGAUUUUUUUUUGCAAAAAAUGUUUUUGUUUUUGCUUUUUCUAAAAAGCACUAUUAAUAGUAAAUGUUUUCUCAAACGACAAUCAAUUGAAUCAUUGUUGGUGUAAAUUUUUGAGAGAAAUAUUGUAGAUAUUUUUACAAAGCAGUUUUGCUAUUGUAUUUAUGCUGUUAGAGCACAUGAACACACACUUUUGUCCGUCCAUUAAGUGUACUUAUUUUUUUAUUAUUUUAUAUUACUGAUUUAUUUUUGC